CCAUACGCGCGUGUGUACAGUGAGAUUGCGUUGUAGCAUUGCCGAACUUUUCUCUCUCGUUUGCUUUAUUUCUUCCAUCUGCCUCUGAUCGCUGCUAUCUCAGUUUUCACUUCUUCCGUUUUUCUGUUUGGUUUAUGAUUAACACGAAACACUGAUUGAUUAAAGACAGUUAAUUGUUCGAACUCUCCAACUCAAAAUCGUUCAAACUCAGAAAAUCGAUUCCAUCGCCAGCUUUUUUCAUUCUUCCCCGCGAAAAAAAGAAUAUAAGAUCAAAUUCUUCAAUUUUCUUUGUUGUUGAGUUCUUCUGAUGGAUUUUUCAAAUUCAGAUCCCAUACCCAUAUCCAUACCAAUACCAAUCCCGAUUGAUCUUUUUGUGUCCAAGAAACAUGACAAAACCCACAAAGAUGGAGACUCAUACUUCCUUGAUUCCGAUGGCAAAAUUAUUUACAAGGUCAAUCGUCGUUCCUCUAAUGACUCAUCGUCAUCGACCAAGCGAGUUUUGCGUGACGCUGAAGGAACUCCUCUGAUUUCUAUCCACAAUGACCACGGAUGUUGGCAAUGCUACAAGGGUGAUGGUGAGUCUAAGGAUUUCUUGUUCAGGGUACUGAGGACGAAAAAUACACUCACUAGAACUGAGUUGGAGGUAUUUCUUGUGGCUGAAAAUCUGCCAGAUUCAUCUCCUGAUCUCAAGGUGAAAGGUUUCCCUUUUCAAAGAGCCUGCACCAUCUAUAAAGACAAUGACAUUGUAGCCCAGACUAGCCUCAUGUACAAACUCGACCAGAUUUUUGUUAAGAGGGGUAAAUUUCGAUUGACUAUAUAUCCUGGAUCUGUUGAUCAUGCUUUCGUUGUAGCUUUGAUUGUAAUAUUCCUUCAUGGAUAGAUAGUGAAAAUAAUAGAAUUCUGAUUCCUAUAUAUAUUUUUUCAAUCAAUGAUUCUUCAAAGGAAAGUAAUAGUGGAAAGCAGUAUGCGAAUUAGCAUUGCAAA